AUGGCAGGACGCGUGCGACACCCAAUCGACCAGCAGGCGCUGGAACGAUAUAUCGAGAAGAAUGUGCCGCAGAUCAAGACGCCACUGGAAAUUAAACAGUUUGGCUUUGGCCAGUCGAACCCGACAUACCAACUCACCGACGCGACGAACAAGCGCUUCGUGAUGCGCAAGAAGCCCCCCGGAAAGCUUCUCUCCAAGGCCGCGCACAAGGUCGAGCGGGAGCACCGCAUAAUCCACGCCCUCGAGCCCACCGACGUACCGGUCCCCAAGGCCUACUGCCUCUGCGAGGACGAGUCGGUCGUCGGCACCGCGUUUUACAUCAUGGAGUUUCUCGACGGGCGCAUCCUCGAGGACGCGGCCAUGCCCGAGGUCGCCUCACCCGAGGAGCGCAAGGCGCUGUGGAAGGCGGCGACGCUGACGCUGGCGAAGCUACACCGGGUCGCGCCCGAGGACGUCGGCCUGCAGACGUUUGGCAAGAAGAGCGGGUUCUACGAUCGGCAGAUUCAGACGUGGACUACGAUUUGCAAGAGCCAGGCGGCGGCGGUGGAUCUGGAGACGGGGGAAAAGGUUGGGGAUUUGCCGCAUUUUGGGGAGAUGGUUGCGUUUUUUAGCGACAAGAGUCGGCAGCCCAAGGACCGGGGCACGUUGAUUCAUGGGGAUUACAAGAUUGAUAAUCUCGUUUUUCACAAGACGGAGCCGAGGGUGAUUGGUAUUCUGGACUGGGAAAUGUCCACCGUAGGCCAUCCCCUCUCCGACCUCUGCAACUUCCUCCACCCUUACUUCACCGCCUCGCGCGCGGGAAGCGGUCUCUACGCCAACGACGGCUUCCUCCCCGGCGCUACCCCGGGUCUGCCGACGAUCGAGGAGAUUGUCGGGUGGUACACGGCCGAGGCGGCGCAGGCCCCCGCCGGUUCGCCCGUGGGCGGCGGGUGGACGCCCGCGGCGGAGCUGUCGUGGGGCGCGGCGUUUAGCCUGUUCCGGCUGGCGGGCGUGUGUCAGGGCAUCGCGGCGAGGGCGGCGCAGGGGCAGGCGAGCAGUGAGCAGGCGAAGAGGUUUGCUGUUACGAGGGGCCCGUUGGCGGAGUUUGCUUGGGAGCUUGUUGGGAGGAGUCAGGCUGAGAGUGGGGGGAAGGCGAAGUUGUGA